AUGGACAACAGUGAUAAUCGUAUUGGACUCUUGCUUGCCUUGAGCUCGAGCGCCUUCAUCGGCAGCAGCUUCAUCAUCAAGAAAAAGGGUUUGAUUCGAGCCCGUGCCUCAGGCGCUGGAGCAGGCGAUGGCGGCUAUGCCUACCUUCGCGAGUCCCUUUGGUGGCUCGGCCUCAUUACCAUGAUUGGGGGUGAGAUUGCCAAUUUUGCUGCCUAUGCAUUUGCCCCUGCCAUCCUCGUCACGCCGCUUGGGGCCCUGAGCGUCAUCGUCAGCGCUAUUUUGGCUGAUCGAAUUCUCCAUGAAAAACUGCAGCUGCUGGGUAAAGUCGGUUGCGCUCUGUGCAUUCUUGGAUCCACUAUCAUCGUCGUCAAUGCCCCAGAGGAAAAACAGGUCACCUCUGUCCAAGAAAUUACCGAUCAAAUGUUCAACAAUAUUCCCUUUCAGUUGUAUGCAUCGGCUGUCAUCUUGGGGGCCAUCUACAUGAUCUACUUUGUGGCGCCCCGUAUUGGCAAGCGUAACAUCUUUGUUUAUGUCUUCAUUUGCUCCAUCGUUGGCUCGCUCUCCGUGAUUGGUGUCAAGGGCUUGGGAAUCGCAUUGAAGCUGACCUUCUCGGGCUACAAUCAGCUCAUAUUUGGCAGCACCUGGUUUUUUGUGGCUUUAGUAACCGUAUCCAUUAUUACGCAGAUGAACUACCUGAACAUGGCUCUUGACACAUUCAACACGGCUUUAGUGACGCCGAUCUACUAUGUUCUCUUCACCACCGCUGUUAUUGUUGCAUCCGCACUGCUCUUUCGCGGCUGGUCGGGCGAGGAUUGCCACGUGCUUGCCCCGACGCAAUUGCCAUCAGGCCCCACUGCGCCCCCGCUGGUUGGGCGCCGCGGCUUUGACUGGCCCCGCGAUGAGGCCAGCACUACAGUGGUGCCCACUGUUGAGUGCUCCGGUGGUUAUGGCGCAGCGCCUCUCUUGACUUGUCUCUGUGGGUUUUUAACAAUUUGUGCGGGCGUCUUCUUGCUCCACCUCAGUCGAGAAGAGACGCUUCGACGUGCCACAACAAACGGGGAUUCAGGAAACAACCUGGCCUCUCCUAAUCAGGAUAUUGGCAUGACCUCCUUCCAGCUUGAUACGGUCGUCGAAGACGACUCGACCGAUGAUGAUGGCGCCGAUCAUGUCCCACUCGUUCGCACCAAGUGACUGCUGUUUUCUUUUCAAGCCGAGUAGCCUCAAGCCAGCUUCGAGUCAUCCUUUUGAGCUCUUUUUUUAGUCAAUCAUUCUGCGUUCCCGAGUCGUAGCUUGCAAAGCUGCUGUGUCAAUUGACGACUGUAUCUUU